ACCCUCUUACUAUUAUUUUCUCUGUCCCAUGGCUCUGCUCCAGGGUUGUGUGGACCAUCCGAUCGUUUUAACAGAAGCAGUAUGUAAUCCUCUGUAUUCAAGACAAAUGAUGUCGGAGCUCUUGUUUGAAUGUUACCAGGUCCCAAAGGUUUCCUAUGGAGUGGACAGUUUGUAUAGCUUAUACCACAACAGAAGGCAGGACUGGCCUUGCAACAGUCUGAUCGUGUCUUCUGGUUAUCAGUGCACACACGUUUUGCCAGUCUUAGAAGGCAGGUUGGAUGCUAAAAACUGCAAACGUAUCAAUCUCGGGGGAUGCCAAGCAGCUGUGUAUCUUCAGCGCCUUCUGCAGCUGAAAUACCCAGGGCAUUUUGCUGCCAUUACUCUAAGUCGCAUGGAGGAAAUACUGCAUGAACACAGCUACAUUGCAGAGGAUUAUAUAGAAGAGCUGCAGAAGUGGAGGUCUCCAGAGUACUAUGAGAGCAACGUGCACAAGAUGCAGCUGCCCUUCUCCAGCAAACUUCUCGGUAGCACCCUGACAUCGGAGGAGAAGCAGGAGAGGCGGCAGCAGCAACUUCGUAGGCUCCAAGAGCUUAAUGCGCGCCGGCGGGAGGAGAAACUGCAGCUUGACCAAGAGAGGCUGGAGAGAUUGCUCUAUGUGCAGGAGCUGCUAGAAGAUGGUCAGAUGGAUCAGUUUCACAAAGCUUUGGUCGAACUGAACAUGGAUUCCGCAGAGGAACUGCAGUCGUACAUCCACAAGCUGAGUUUGGCUAUUGAACAAACCAAGCAGAAGAUCAUACAGGCAGAAGUCAGCAUUGAAGUAGAUGUUGUGGAUAGCAAACCAGAGACCUUGGAUCUGGACCCUUUGGGCAGUGAGCAGUCUCUGGAGGAUGUGGAAAGCAUUCAUGAGUUCGAGCCUUUGUUUGCUGAAGAACAACCUGAAGCUGAGAAGCCGGUUACCACAGUAGAGCCCGUGUUUAACCUGGCAGAGUACCACCAGCUUUUUCUUGGUACGGAGAGAAUCAGGGUUCCAGAAAUUGUCUUUCAACCUUCUCUGAUCGGAGAAGAGCAGGCUGGGAUAGCAGAAACUAUGCAGUAUGUCCUGGACAGGUAUCCCAAGGAGCAACAGGCUGUGCUUGUCCAGAAUGUCUUUCUCACUGGUGGAAAUACUAUGUACCCUGGACUGAAAGCCAGAAUCGAGAAGGAGCUACUUGAAAUGAGGCCAUUCCAGUCUUCUUUUCAGGUUCACUUUGCUUCCAGUCCCAUUCUGGAUGCUUGGUAUGGAGCUAGGGAUUGGGCACUGGAAUAUGUGAACCGUGAAGAAGGCUGGAUAACCAGAAAUGAUUAUGAAGAAAAAGGGGGUGAAUACCUCAAGGAGCACUGUGCUUCAAAUGUCUAUGUCCCUAUUCGCCUUCCAAAACAGGCUCCACGGACAACUGAAGCUCUGGCACCCACCAAAGUACUGGCAGCUAGUGUAGGCAAUCCCUGUGACCAGGCAUAGCAGGGAGACUUUGACCACACACCCAGGGUUAGAGAGGCUGCACGCCAAGCAAGGCAAUAGUUGCUACCCUGCACAGUAAACUCAACAUAGAUUGCAGGCUGGAGCCUCACCCAGGCAUUAAGCCAGCUACCCGAAGUGCUAGUCUCUGGAGCUAUCAGGAGGGGGAGCUGGCUCUGUCGUAGCACAGUAAGGUUGAAGUUUUUAGUAGCUCUGCAUCGGAAGUUGCCAGCACAGAAUAUGGAACUACACAUCUGUUCCAUGAAGAACAUGGCAGGAGUUUGAAUACUGAAGUUAAAUAUUUUUCACAUGGAAAAACAUGCUCAAUCUCUUGGAAUUUGAGAGUUGUAUUGCAGAAUGUUUUAUAAAAUUCUCCAAAUAAAAGAAUUUUUACUUUUG